CUUACUAAUACUAUUUAUCCUAUCAACUUUAAGCAAGCGUGCGAAGUCAGCUUCUCGAACAAUUUAAACAAAAUUCUUGAAGACUUUAGUGCACUGAAGGAGACAGAAACUUUGCAACAAGAUGAACAUCAAAGUGAUUGAUUUUGGUGCAGUUGGCUUAGGAACACCUGAGCCCUCAGCUGCUGAAAUGGAACGAAUAUCCAGAGAGAUCAUAACAGCCUUCGGAGACAUUGGGUUUGUGUACCUGAAAAACACUGGGAUCGAAGAUCAAGCUGUGUUUAAAGUGAUGGACAUCAGCAAGAAUUUCUUUCAGCUUCCAAAGGACAUUAAACAACAAUACGCCCGUAUAGUGGACUCUGAGAUUCCAAGCCAAGGUUGGAUUGAAUCAGAAAGAUUAAAUUCCACAAAAUGUGAAGAACUGAAAGAAGUUUUUAAUCUAACGUCAUUAUCUGAAAGUCAUAAUUGGCCUGUUGACCAUGCUCCUGAGUUUACAAGAAGUAUGGAAUCAUUCUACAAAGCCUGUCAGCAGCUGUCUGUCCGAAUUCUGAAAAUUAUUGCACUGGGCCUGGGCCUGGAGAGUGAUUUCUUUACCAGCAAGCACAAAAGAAUGGGGAGUAAUCCAAAUCUUACAACUCUGAGAACUGCGUACUACCCACCAAUCCAGAAAUCCUCUGUGAAGGAAAACCAAGUGCGAUGUGGAGAGCAUUCUGAUUAUGGAACAUUCACUUUACUCUUUCAAGAUAAGAAUGGAGGGUUGGAGGUCAUGCACAAGUCUGGUCAGUUCAUUGCUGCUCCCUACAUUCCAAAUACUCUUCUACUCAACAUAGCUGAUACCCUGCAAAGGUGGUCAUCUGACACAUUGAUUUCCACGUUAAAAUUCCACAUCACUGCUCACCUGCCAGGAGCAGCACGGUGGCCCAGUGGUUAGCACUGCAGCCUCACAGCACCAGGGACCCGGGUUCGAUUCCAGCCUCGGGUAACAGUCCGUGUGGAGUUUGCACAGUCUCCCAGUGUCUGCGUGGGUUUCCUCCAGGUGCUCCGGUUUCCUCCCACAGUCAAAAGAUGUGCGGGCUAGGUGGAUCGGCUAUGUGAAAUUUCCCGUACUGCUUAGGGGUGUGUGGCUUAUAGGGGGAUGGUCUGGGUGGGAUGCUUCAAGAGGCAGUGUGGACUUGUUGGGCCGAAGGGCCUGUUUCCACACUGUAGGGAAUCUAAUCUAAAUCAUUUCUGCACUCUAAAAAGUCUUCCCGACAACAGCUUCUAAUUCUUCUGCAUGAUUCUAAUGGCUGAGCUUCAAUCAUCCUGUGUAGGCCUUCUUCAAUGAUUAAUCCAAAUUCAUGUGUGUCCUAAGUUUAUCAUUUUCAGUCUUGAGCCUGCUCAUGUGCCCUGAGACUCAAAAGAUUGAAUUUCUCACCAUGGACUCCGCUUAAAAUAGAAAUCUUUACGCUUGCACUUUCACGUGGAAUAUAGUCUGGUAAAUUGUUGGUUUUUUC